AUAAACCAAUGGAGUAUUAUGAAGAAUCUAAUGAAUAUUUUUUUGAAGAAAACAAUAAUGAAUCUGCUAUAUAUUCUUUGAAAAAAUUAGAUAAAGAUAUAAAUUCUUGUAAAGAAUUUACUUCUGAAACUUCUAGCAAUAGCAUUAAUUCUUACGAUGAAUUAAGCAAUGAGUUAAGUAAUAAAUUAAGUAGUGAUAGUUUAUCGAUAUCAGUUGAAAACAAAUUUUUUGAAGAUAUUGCUAACAAAGCUUUAGAUUCAAAUAAAUUGUCACAAAAUAUUGGUGAGUUUUUACCAUAUUUUGAAAAUACAACUACUGCAUUAAUGUUUAGUUGGAUACAAAAGAAUAGUAUUG